UUCCGUAACAGUGUAACCUUUUAUAUGACUGCGAAGGGAUCCAAAUAUGUCGUCGAGCACAGCUCUUAGUAACUAUUAUGUGGACUCUAUUAUGGGACAUGAAGCUGAGGAUGUUUACGGCGCGCGAUAUGUCCAGAGCUCCCACAGUAGCUCCUCCAGGCCGUCAGGUGUCGGCGGAGAAAACGCUGAAUUUUCCUCCUGCAGCUUUGCACCCAAGUCAGCCGUGUUCUCUGCGUCCUGGUCCUCGGUUCACCCCCAGUCGACCGCUGCAGUGUCUGGGAUUUACCACCCUUACGUUCACCAGCCUCAUAUCACAGGCACAGACAACAGAUAUGUGCGCUCCUGGAUAGACCCAAUCUCGAACCAUGUCUCUUUUUCCGGUUUCCAUGCGAGCAGUCGACAGUAUGGUGCUAAGCCUGAAACUGCAUCGAAAAGGACCGAGUGCUCCACGUUUGAAGCCGAAAGCCCGGACGCUCCUGAAUUCACAUGUGGAACAGUGUCAGAAUGCGCGGAUAAAGCCACCAAAGAUCCCGCUGGCAGUGAUGUUUCCAGUCCUAGCGAGCCCAAAGACGAGAAGCAACAACAACUUGACCCAAGUAACCCAGCAGCUAACUGGAUUCACGCACGUUCAACAAGGAAAAAACGCUGUCCUUACACAAAAUACCAGACUCUAGAAUUGGAGAAGGAAUUCCUCUAUAAUAUGUAUUUGACAAGGGAUCGCCGCUAUGAAGUGGCUCGAAUUCUGAAUUUAACUGAAAGACAGGUCAAAAUCUGGUUCCAGAACAGAAGAAUGAAAAUGAAAAAGAUGAACAGAGAAAGGGGCAGCAAAGAUCAACACUGACAUAUCCCAGGCGGCCAGAAAAAAUGUUUCGUCCUUUUAUGUGUGUUAUCAGUUGUGUUUAGAAUUAAACGCUGUUAGGGACCUAAACUGUUGUUUAUGUUCUUUGUUCUGACACUCUUAUAGUCCAUUGGGGUCGGCGAGGAACUUCUCUGCAACAUUAACAACCCCAAUCAUUUCAUAUUGGAAUCACAUGGAUUCUUAUUCUGUAUAUCUGAACAAGGAUGUUUUCUCAAGGAGCCUGGCGCAUAACAAGGUGUUGGGUGAUGAUUCAUUUUAAAUAGCUUACAAUCUUUGCCGGCCUUGUAAGCAUUAAAAGCUGUUAAAAAUGUACAUUUCGUGUAAUUUAAACUAUUUUGACAGUGCGAGAUGAAGACGCAUGUGGCAACUAUUCAGUAUAGGCAAAAUCAAAAGCAUGCUUUGCAGAUUGAGCCAAUUAAGAGGUUCUUGACAUAUCGAAUGGGAUCUCCGUAAGAAUUUCUAAAUGUAUUUAUCAAUAACUGCUCUUGUAAAUAACAUUACGAACCAGUACGCACGACAAAUGAAAACCACAGGCCCAUCACUUCAAAAAUUCUGUAUUUCCUCGGUGAAUUCUGAUUCUGAUAUCCUAAUCCUGAUCCCGAUAUCACUCUUGGCCGAAAUGUUAGAGGCUCUUUAUGCACACGCAGUGAAUGAUAAUGGCGGCCACAUAGUUUACCAGCAAAUUGCAAAAUGUUCACUGUGCAGGCCACUGUGAGUUGUCUUGGUAUUUGAAGCAGUCACCGAAAGUCUUUUUUUUUUAUUAAUAUAGUGCUGUUUUACUAAGAUAAAAUGUUUUUUUUUAUUCUGGUAAUGUUGAUAAUUAGUUUUGUAACUGUUAUUGCCUUUCUGAGACUCAGUUGGCAAAUAAAGACUUGUUUUUAAUGCUAGCGUUGUUUGGAAAGAAAAUUGUUAUGAAAUUCUAAUUAGGGGUCAACUUAAAGGAAAAGAAGGAUGUUGGACGAGGUUGCAUUGUUGAUGGGUAUCGGCAAUAAAGUGUUUGUGAUUGGGAAAGGUGUUGCACAGUUCCCCCAAUUUAUUGUCAGACCUGUACCUAUAAUUGCUUUAAAGCAGGAAGAAACGUGGUCCAAUAAAGUCAUAGAGAUGGCUA